AUGGCACCGCUGAAGCGGGCGCUGCCUGAUGUUGAUGAUGAGAGCACCUCUGAUUCGGGCUCCGACAUCGAUUCUGCUGUAAAAAACUUACCCCUCUCCCCAGAUGACUUUGUGAGAAGUACAACGAUGACUGACAAAAAGCAUGCGUGUAUACAGAGCAAGCGACGCCGUACAACCCUCAGUGUUUCCUCAUCACGCUCCAACAGUGAAAGCAGUGAGGAGGAAGAGGAAGAGGAGGAGAAUGUUCCUAGUCUCCCCUGGGAAACUGCAGAAGUCAACGAAGACGAGUUGGAAAUCCAAGCGACGCAGUUCAUUCACGAAAGAUAUACUUUUCAAGAAGAGGAAUCGAAUGUUCCCUCCGACCAUGGCAUUAUCGAACGUGUGGAUUGUUUUAAUUUCAUGUGUCAUGAACACUUCUCGGUUGAACUCGGGCCCCUUAUAAAUUUCAUUGUGGGAAAGAAUGGCAGUGGGAAGAGCGCCAUAUUGACAGCGCUGACGCUGUGCUUGGGAGGAAAAGCUUCUUCUACAAACAGAGGACAGAAUCUGAAGAGUUUCAUCAAGGAGGGUAAAGAAUCGGCCACGAUUAUUGUACGAAUCAAGAACCAGGGAGAUGGAGCCUAUAUGCACGACGAAUUCGGCAAAUCUAUCAUUGUGGAACGGGUUUUCUCAAAGAGUGGCGCGUCUGGUUUUAAAAUCAAGAACGAGGCAGGCAGAAUAGUCUCAACAAAAAAGGCAGAUUUGGAUGCAAUCACGGACUUUUUUAACUUACAAAUUGACAACCCCAUGAAUGUCCUAUCGCAGGAUAUGGCCCGUCAAUUUUUAAGCUCAUCUAGUCCUGCAGAAAAAUACAAAUUUUUUGUGAAAGGAGUGCAGCUGGAACAACUGGAUCACGACUACCGUCUUAUUGAAGAAUAUGUUGAUCAGAUCAAGCAAAAACUCAGCCUGAGAAACGAUGAUGUUAAACUACUCCGAGAAGAAAGGGACAAGGCUAAGCGACGUUUGGAGCUCUCAGAUCAACGUACUUCCCUUCGGGAACGAGUCAAGAAUCUAAGAGGACAGAUGGCUUGGGCGCAAGUCGAGGAGAUUGAAAGAAACCGGGAUUCGAUCCAGGCAGAGAUAGACAAAAUCGAGGAAAAUAUUGCUUCCACCGAGUCUGGAAUUGUUGAUCUCGAUGCUGCUUAUCAAGAAGCCGAGCGAGAAUACGACACCGCAUCUCAGGUCUUGGAGGAUGCAAAGAGGGCGCUAGAACAGGCCACCGAUGAGAGAGCAGAGAUCAAAAGCAAACAGGAUGAGGAGAUGAAUGAUCGUCAUGAAAUGCAGGCUCAGCAAAGAACAAUUCAUGAUCAUAUGAAAACAGCGGAGAAUCGCAUAGAGAAACUCCAAGCAGACAUUGCGGAAGAAAAUAGACGUCUCGCAGACAUUGAUGGUGGUAAUCAUGCUCGAAGACAACAAGAAAUUGAUCAGCGAAAAUCCGAAGCCGAAACCGCGAAGCAGACUCAUAGAGACCACCAAAGCAACCGGGGUUUGCUAGACGAACAAAUACAACAGGCAGAGGAUGUAGUCAAACAGAAGUCCGUUCCUAUUCGUCAGCGUAAAGCAGACAUUGAAGAAGCAGAAACGCUGCUCAAAUCUCUCACGAGGGACCGUGGCCAAUCUGAUGCGGGCUUUUCUGACAAAAUGCCUUCAUUGCUAAGGGCAAUUCAGCACGAAAUGUCCUUUGCUCGACGUCCAGUUGGACCAGUUGGUCGCCAUGUUAGGCUUUUGAAGCCAGAAUGGUCUGCAGUUCUGGAACAGUCACUAAAUAACACUCUGAGCAGCUUCAUUGUCACCUCAAAAAAAGACAUGAAUAUCCUUUCCGACAUUAUGCAACGAGUUAACUGUGUGUGCCCCAUACUCAUUGGUAGCGAAGGCAAUCUUGAUACUUCUCAACAUGAGCCAAGUUCGGAAUAUGAUACCAUCCUUCGAGUCCUGGAUAUUGACAACGACUUGGUUCGUCGACAGCUAAUCAUCAACCAUGGAAUCGAGCAAAUUGUUUUGAUAGAGAACAUAGAGGACGCUUCGAGGACGCUUUUCGAAGGACCUCGCGUAAGAAACGUAAAACGUUGUUUUUCUAUCGACGCAACAGACCGACGCCGAGGUACGACACUUGCCUACGGCCGCACGGGAGAACCGAGCCAAUCUCCCAUUGCUCCUUUCACUGGAAGAGCUCGGAUGAGGACAGAUAUAGACUCACAAAUAAGGCUCCAGAAAGGAAACAUCCAGGCGCUUAAAACACAAUUAGCCACCAUGGAACAAGCAUUGUUGGCAUCUCGAGCCGAAGUGGAACGUUGCAAAACGGCUUUGACGAGGCAUGAAAAAGAAGAUAACGACCUCAGAAUUGCAGUGCAGCGACUUGACAAUGAGGUCGACGAGCUCAACGAUGCUCUUGAAAAGGAUCGUGUCGAGGAUGGGCGCUUGGAGACGCUCAAGCACAGCCUUGAAGAAUCCAGGGAGGGGCAAAAGGUCAACUCUAAUUCUUUAGAGGAGUCAAAUACCGCGAUGCAGGCUAUCAUGGACAGAUUGAAACAGAUUAGGCGUCAACUUGCUGAGAAAGACCGGAACAUCAAAGCCCAAGAAGAACAAGUCAAAAUCGCUGAAAACGAACGAGCGAAUGUUGAGCAGCAGAAACGUGCAGCUCUUGCCAACAAAAAUGCCGCAUUUUCUCGAAUCGAGGAUUUUAAUCAGGAAAAAGCCCAAGUGGAGAAGAACAGAGAAGAGGUUGUUAGUCGCAUUCAAAGUUAUACUGAACAGGCUAGCAUAGUUUCUUCGCGAGUUCCCGUUGGUGAAGGUGAGACUCCGGACAGUCUCGACAGGAAACUCGACAAACUUUACAAGGAUUUGGAUCGUUUUGAUCAGCAGAUGGGAGCGUCGAGAGAAGAGAUUGCGGCUGAUAUGUUGAGGGUUGACAAUGCUUUCAAAGAUGCCGAAAGACAGCUUAAUGAGCUUGAGAAGAUUGAGCAGAUCUUCAAACAUACAAUCAAUUAUCGACGUGAGCGAUGGAGAAACUUCAGAGCGCAUAUAUCGUCCCGUGCCAAAGCCCAAUUUACAUAUCUGCUUAGCGAACGAAGCUUCCGUGGCCGGCUCUUGACAGAUCAUGACAAUAAAAUGCUGGACUUGCAGGUUGAGCCCGACAUCACUAAGGACAGCGCAGGCCGAGGUGCAAAGACACUGUCUGGCGGCGAGAAAUCUUUCUCCCAAGUCUGCCUGCUUCUGUCGCUGUGGGAGGCUAUGGGCUCGCCCAUUCGCUGCCUCGAUGAAUUUGACGUUUACAUGGACCAAAUAAACCGAAGGAUGUCUAUUGAUAUGCUUAUGCUGGCAGCGAGGAGGUCAAUUGGUCGUCAGUUUAUCCUCAUCACACCAGGCUCGAGAGCAGAUAUCAGUCUUGCUCCAGAUGUCCGGGUCAAAGAACUUGCAGAGCCAGAGAGGGGACAGAGUACUUUAACUUUCCGCCAGACCUGA